AUAGACGGCAAUAUUUCGGUUUACGGGACAGAAAUGGUAGAACGGACCGGGGAUUUAACGGUAUUUCGGAUAUAUUGUGGUUUCCAGUGUACAUGCAUCGCUGUGCAAUGAGCGAGAUAUGCUCCUCAAGACCAACUGUCAGUGGUGAGGAAACUCUUGGAAUCUGAGAGUCUCCAGGGAACGUUGCGCUGGGAUCCAUUCAAACUGGCUGCAGCUGGGAUGUUUGCUGCCGGGAUGCUGCAGCAGAGCAGCGGAGGACUGAACAAGCGAUCGCUGGGAAUGGCACUGCUUCCCAACUCCCACUUUUUCCCCCUCUCUUCGGGUUCAGGGUCGUGGGGUUUGGGCCGAUCGGCGAAGAGCGGCUCUCUGAGCUCUGUCAGCUCGGGGUCGGACAGCAUGGACAUGGCAGGUGCCGAUCCCGACUACAUCAUGCAGCUGGUCAACGAUGUGCGGAGGUUUGCAGACGUGCUGCUCCACCUCAAGGAAGCUUUUAACACCAAAGAGCACCAGGACUGUCUGCACCAAGUGGUUCAUGAGCGUCUAGGAGAGCUGUUGCGUUUAUUAAAAGCGGUGAUUUCCAAACAUCACUCCCUGAAUUCAGUGGAGAUCCUCAGCGCAGCCGGGACCCUCAUCGCAAAGGUCAAAGGUGUGAACUUCAAGGAAGCGAAUGAAGACAAUAAACAGACACUAUUCUCUGAGAUCUACACCUCCAUAGAUACAUUGGCCUUCACAUUUGGCAAUGUAGUUUCUGACUUCCUUAUGGGAGAUGUAGAGAACGGCUCAGCCUCGGGGCUUCCUCAGGCCCACAGUAGCAGGUCUUUUGAAAAUCUAACAGUGGAGUCCAGUGGAUGUGGACCGGAAAAAGAUGACCCUCCAGGUCCCUCUCCACCCGCCCGGGUGGAGGAGAUGGACGGAGCUUUGCUCCGCAGUGACAGCGGGGUGGAGUCGGCACUGCUCUAUGCCAAAGCCUGGUCAAAAUACACCAAGGAACUCCUGGCCUGGGUGGACAAACGAAUUAAUAUGGACAUUGAGUGUGCAAAGAGCUACACCAAGAUGGCUGAAUCCGCAAAGGCGCUGGCGUCUCAACAGGAGCACAUGCCAUUCCGGGAUAUUUACUUUUCUGCCUUCAAGAACGAUAUCGAAUACAGCCAGUUGAUCAUGCAAACCACAGCUGCUCUACAGGCCAACAAAUUCAUGCAGCCUCUGCAAACUCGAAAGAAUGAGCUGGAUAAGUUGAGAAAGGAGGUAAAGGAACAAUGGCAGAGAGAACAGAAGAAAAUGAAUGAAGCAGACAGUGCGCUGAAGAAGGCCCGGCUUCUGCAGGCACAGAGGCAGGAAGAGUACGAGAAAGCCCGCUGCUCCACCAGUCGAGUGGAGGAGGAACAGAUCGGAACGGCGGGAGGAAAACAGCUGGAGAAGAGACGCAAACUGGAGGAGGAGGCUCUGCAGAAGGCAGAAGAAGCCCAAGAACAUUAUAAGCAGUGCAUCACAGAUGUCGGGGUCAAGAGACUGGACUUGGCCAACACCAAGAGUGAGAUUCUCACUCAGAUACGAGAGCUUGUGUUUCAGUGCGACCUGACCCUGAAAGCAGUGACGGUGAACUGGUUUCAGAUGCAGCAGGCGCAGGUGGUUUCCCUGCCUGUCAAUUUCCAGUCGCUUUGCGAGAAUGCUAAACUGUAUGAACCAGGUCUCUGUUACACUGAAUUUGUGAAGAGUCUUCCCUCUGACAGUACCAGGGUGGAAUCAUUCUCCUUUGACAUCUCUGGGACACAGAACACUGGGUUGCCCCUCUCAAAGCGAGUGAUGAAUAGCGGUCACUCAUCCCAAGUUCACUUGUCCCAGGUGUCCCUCACACCUGGAGACUUCCUGAGCGCUGACGAGGUGGAGAGUCAUGUCCAAGCACGCACCGGAAAGAUGACAGACGGACGCUCGAACAGCAGUACAGAUAUUCAAGCUCUGAGGAUCCAGGGUCCAUUCCGGGUCUGGAGGACCAGCAGUCAGGGUGGAGGCAUGUGCAGUGACUCUGAGAGCGCUGGAGGAAGCAGUGAAUCUCGCUCUAUGGACUCCCCUACGGCAAGCCCAGGUGAUUUUAAGAGAAGGCUUCCCAGAACCCCAUCCACAGGCACCAUGUCCUCAGCAGAUGAUCUGGAUGAGAGGGAACCACCAUCUCCUUCAGAUAAUGGUCUGAGUGAAAUGAUAACAGAGGCAGCCAGCUCUCCUGGACCCUUCCGCAACACGCAGAUGUCUAAAGCGGCCCAGACACACAAGCUGAGGAAGCUCCGUGCACCAUCGAAGUGCAGGGAAUGUGACAGUCUUGUGGUAUUUCAUGGUGCUGAAUGCGAGGAAUGUUCUCUUGCCUGUCAUAAGAAGUGUUUGGAGACUCUUGCCAUUCAGUGUGGGCAUAAAAAGCUACAGGGAAAACUGCAUCUGUUUGCUAUCGACUUUGCUCAGGCAGCCAAGAACAGCGCUGAUGGAAUCCCCUUCAUCAUCAAAAAAUGCACCUCGGAGAUCGAAAACAGGGCUCUGAACAUCAAGGGAAUUUACCGUGUUAACGGUGCCAAAUCUCGGGUGGAGAAGCUUUGUCAGGCCUUCGAGAACGGCAAAGACCUGGUGGAGCUUUCGGAUCUCUACCCUCACGAUAUCAGCAACGUCCUCAAACUCUACCUACGACAGCUCCCAGAGCCCCUGAUUCUUUUCCGAUACUAUAAUGACUUCAUCGGACUGGCUAAAGAGAGUCAGAGUAUCAUUGUUGAUGAGGUAGAGGCAUCAAGAGGAAGUCCCACCUCUGACAGCCCGCAGAUCAGCGUAGAGCUCAACCGGGUCCUCUUCAAGAUUAAAGAUCUGCUGCGUCAGCUUCCUUCAGCGCACUACAAAACCCUGCAGUUCCUUAUUCAGCACUUGCACAGGGUAACAGAAAGGGCAGAUGAGAACAAGAUGACUGCCAGUAAUCUAGGCAUCAUCUUUGGUCCCACACUGAUCAAGCCCCGACAGGCAGAUGCAGAGGUCUCCCUGUCCUCUCUGGUGGACUACCCCUACCAGGCCCUGAUCGUGGAGCUUUUGAUCCGCCAUUAUGAGAUGAUCUUCGACACUCCUCUGAGUCCUCUUCCACCUUCCUCACCUGUAGCAGAGAGCUCUCCACUCCCCGUCAAAUCACGCUUAACGCCACAGGAGAAGGAACAGCAACUUAGCCGACAUUCAAAGUCCCUGGUGGACAUUAAAGAGCAGCAACAGCCAAAAGCUAAGAUGUAUAAAAGACACUCCUCUGUAAUACCUUCUACACACCUGAUGGAUGAGGUGAAAGAGGGGAAGAUAAGGUCUGACCAAGACUUCGCUGCAGUUUGCGAUACAGUGGACAUCAACAAGCUCCAAUCGUCAAGCGUUCCUGAAAUGCGAAACUCGCCUGGUCUCAGCCGGCGUAACCACGUCACCAGAGUCCAACUACGGCCUCCGAGACCCAAGCUGACCUCUCGACCAAUCAGCAUGCCAGCAGAGCGGCUCCUCAAUCUCGCCAAGGUGGACGAAUGUAACGUGAAGAACGCCGUAGAGCAGGAUGACAACCACGGUCGAGAUCCCAUCAUCGAGGAGGUGUCGGAAGAGGAGAAGCCCAAGUCAAGAGCGGGAAACCAUUACAGGAAGUCAUACAUCGAUACGCAGAUGCUACGGCAGACAUGGGACAAGCAAUAUAAGCAUCAUGACAUCACUCCAAAGACCGUUGUGACCGCUGCUGAUUCCCGGACCAACGACACCAACGUUCAUACUCCUUCUCUCACAUCUUCGUCUUUCUCAGAACACACCAAUACCCCCAUCACUGUUCUUUCUAACAGACCUUACACCAUUGCUAUGAGGCCUGGGCGGAAUUUGCGUAGGGAAGGAAACAUUAACGAACACUGCCCUGUUCCCACAGCCUUCAGGCCUCCCAGAACUCUGCAGCCUCCUCCCGGAACUUUCUACAAACCUCCAGGUAGCCGAACCAAAUCUUUAACAGAGGUUGAGCAAAAGACUAUUAGAGCAACCGCAAACAGCACUGAGGAAGAGGAGGAGGAUGAAGACGAUGAUGAGGAGGAAGGGUUUGGGGUGGAAGUCUCAGUUGAUGAGCCUGAGCCAGAUUUGGAUCCAGAGCCAUCGCCGGAGCCAGAUGCCCACAAUACGGACCCACAUCCGCUCCCCCAGUCUCCCAACUCCAGUCAGGAGGAGCUCGGACAAAACGAGACCAAACCUGUAUACCAGAGACUCAGAUCACGCCGUAUGCAGGAUCUCGAACACAGGGAGGCUCAUUUUGUUUGAGUACGAUUUGGUGAGUGGGGAACAACCACGAACGUCGUCCCAGGACGAGGGGAUGUGUAUUGGGUCCAGGGAGCCCGUGUCUCUGACCCGUGAAUUUUAGCGAUGACCCCGUUUUGUAUAUGUGGAAAUAUUUUUCCAUAACUGUGAAGAGAUCCAAGGAUGGGA